CUGGGGGCUAUCUCUUACUGGGGAGUGUGUUGAGGCCUCCACGUUGGAUAUACUGAUUUAGGCAAUUCAUUUAUUAAUUAAUCCACAAAGAGAAGUCAUUGAUGGAAAUAUUUUUCAUCCACAGAGACAAGUUCUAUAUCUACGACUCCUUUUACGACUCAUCAGCCUUCUGACACAACUACACCAACCCUAUCCUCAAUUACCAACACACCCACUGACCAAUUCUCGCAUGCUACACCAAAAGAUACUUCAACUGAGUCCCCAUUGAUGCCUAGUUCUUCCACCAUUGAGCAACCAUCCACAAAGGAGUUUUCACAGUCAAGCAUGUCAGUCUCCUCCAGUGACUUGAAGACAGAAACUCCAAAAACAACAAAUAAUACGACAACGGGUUCUUCACCUACGACUCCUUUUACAUCCAUUCAUCAGCUUUCUCUAACAACUACACCCACCCUAUCCUCAAGUAACAACAUACACACUGACCAUUUCUCACAUACUAAACCAAUUGAGACUUCAAUUGAGCCAACAGUGAAGUCUAGUUCUUCCACCACUGAAGAACCAUCCACAACAGAGGUGUCUUCUCAGUCCACAUUCACUACCUCCUCCAGGGAGCAUAGUACUGAAACUAUAGUUACAACAAGUGAGAUUACAACACCUACUCCCUCCCAGACCCCUUCUACACCCAGUCCUGAGCCUACUGAGACAACUGCACCCAGCCUAUCCACAAGAACAAACACACCCGCUGAACACCUGAAGCAGACUACACCACACGGGACCUCAUCUGAGUACACAGGGAAGUCUAAUUCUUCCACCACUGCACAACCAUCCACAACAGAGGUGUCUUCUCAGUCCACAUUCUCUGCCUCCUCCAGUGAGGUGACUUCUGAAUCUCCAACCACAACUAGUGAGACUACAACACCUAAUUCCUCCAAGAACAGUUCUACAUCCAGUCCUGAGACUUCAGAGACAACUGCACCCAGCCAAUCCACAAGAACAAACACACCCGCUGAACACCUGAAGCCGACUACACCACAAAGGACCUCAUCUGAGUACACAGUGAAGUCUAGUUCUUCCACCACUGAACAACCAUCCACAACAGAGGUGUCUUCUCAGUCCACAUUCACUACCUCCUCCAGGGAGCAUAGUACUGAAACUACCGUUACAACAAGUGAGAUUACAACACCUACUCCCUCCAAGACUGCUUCUACACCCAGUCCUGAGCCUACUGAGACAACUGCACCCAGCCUAUCCACAAGCAUAAACACACCCACUGAGAACCUGGAGCAGACUACACCACAAGGGACCUCAUCUGAGUACACAGUGAUGUCUAGUCCUGAGCCUACUGAGACAACUGCACCCAGCCUAUCCACAAGCAUAAAAACACCCACUGAGCACGUGGAGCAGACUACACCACAAGGGACCUCAUCUGAGUACACAUUCUCCACCAUUGAACAACCAUCCACAACAGAGGUGUCUUCUCAGUCCACAUUCACUAUCUCCUCCAGGGAGCAUAGUACUGAAACUCCAUUAACAACUAGUGAGACUACAACACCUACUCCCUCCAAGACCCCUUCUACACCCAGUCCUGAGCCUACUGAGACAACUGCACCCAGCCUAUCCACAAGCAUAAAAACACCCACUGAGCACGUGGAGCAGACUACACCACAAGGGACCUCAUCUGAGUACACAGUGAAGUCUAGUUUUUCCACCACUGAAAACCAUCCACAACAGAGGUGUCUUCUCAGUCCACAUCUUACUACCUCCGCCAGGGAGCAUAGUACUGAAACUAUAGUUACAACAAGUGAGAUUACAAUCCCAACCCCAUCCAAGACCCCUUCUACACCCAGUCCUGAGUCUACUGAGACAACUGCACCCAGCCUAUCCACAAGAACAAACACACCCGCUGAACACCUGAAGCAGACUACACCACACGGGACCUUAUCUGAGUACACAUCCACCACUGAACAACCAUCCACAACAGAGGUGUCUCUCAGUCCACAU